ACCACUUUUAUACAGAGCAGAUCUUAUGGUCUUCGGGUCGAUGUGAUUUGAUUUGUUUCUGCAAGAUGAAACGAUGGAGAAUCCAAACUUUGUUGUGCCUGCUUCUGUGUGCAUACUUUCUGCCAAGCUGUCGGUGUGCUCAUGGGAAAUAUGCUCAAAAGCUCCUAAAUGACCUAUUUGAAAAUUACACCAGUGCUCUGAGGCCUGUGGAAGACACAAACUUCAUCCUGAAUGUGACUCUGCAGGUUACACUGUCGCAAAUUAUUGACAUGGAUGAGCGAAACCAAAUUUUGACUGCAUAUUUAUGGAUAAGGCAAGUGUGGGUCGACGCACACCUGAAAUGGGAUAAAGAUGAUUAUGAUGGACUCGAUACCAUCCGUAUACCUAGUAGUUAUGUAUGGAGACCUGAUAUAGUCCUAUAUAACAAUGCUGAUGACCACUUCACAGGUCCCAUGGAUACCAAUGUAGUGAUCCGCCAUGAUGGCCAGAUCAUGUGGGACUCCCCGGCCAUCACUAAGAGCUCCUGCAAAGUGGAUGUGUCUUUCUUCCCCUUUGACGCUCAGCAGUGCAGGUUCACCUAUGGCUCCUGGACCUACAAUGGAAACCAGCUGGACAUCCAGAACGCCAUGGAGAGCGCCGACCUGGCUGACCUGGUGGAAAACGUGGAGUGGGAGGUUCUGGGUAUGCCAGCUAAGAGGAACGUUAUUCUGUAUGGCUGCUGCGCUGACCCCUACCCUGAUGUGACUUACACGCUGAAACUGAAGAGGAGAGCUUCUUUUUACGUCUUUAACUUGCUUAUACCGUGUGUGAUGAUCUCUUUCCUGGCUCCACUCGGCUUCUACUUGCCUGCUGACUCUGGAGAGAAGGUGUCUUUGGGUGUCACUGUGAUGCUUGCUCUCACCGUCUUUCAGCUGCUGGUUGCUGAGAUCAUGCCGCCUUCGGAGAAUGUGCCACUAAUCGGAAAGUAUUACAUUGCAACCAUGACCAUGAUCACAGCCUCCACUGCUCUGACCAUCUUCAUCAUGAACAUUCACCACUGUGGCCCAGAUGCCAAACCCGUUCCCAAGUGGGCCAAAACACUCAUCCUGCAGCACUUGGCCAGAAUGUGUUUUGUUUAUGAAGUUGGUGAGAACUGUAUGUCACCACAGGCAGAGAAACAGGAGCCUCCACCCGUGAAGAACAACAACUGCACCAUGAACGGUCAGGUCGGGCCCUGCAGAGAGGACUGUGUUUUCAGAGUGGACAGAGAACAAGAGACGUCAGAGGACAGAGAAGACUUGGACCAGAUGAUGAGUCCAUUAGGCUCAAUGGGGAAGAACCCCACCAACAACUACAGUGGGUGGAAGAACGGCGUCUACAUGAGCAUGGACUGUGGGGAGUCGGGGGCUCAGGGAAGAUGCAGGAAGGGAGGAGUGAGUGAUGGAGAGAAAAAGGACAGAGAGGUUUCUUGCAAGGAGAGGCAGCUAAUGCAAAAUAUUGAGUACAUAGCAAACUGUUUCAGAGAUCAGAGGGCCACACAGAAACGAACAGGGGAGUGGAAAAAAGUGGCUAAAGUGUUAGACCGCUUCUUCAUGUGGUUAUUUUUCAUCAUGGUGUUUUUCAUGAGCAUUCUUAUCAUGGGAAAAGCCAUCUGACUGCAGAACUGAGGAGAUGAGUCUCAUUAUAGUGUUUAUCAGUGUAAAGAACCAGGGAUUAUUCCAUUUAAUAAGUAUUCAGAUCAUCCUUUUCUUCACCUUUUAGAAUGAAUCCUUAAUGGAGACAGUAUUUUUCCUACUGUAGUACUUGAGAUUAAAUAGAUCAACAGGCCACGGUUCCUAUUUUGAUGUCAACA